AUGUCCCAGUCAAAGCCCGUCCUCCCCCAAAAUGACAACGUCGCCCACGCCCUUGCCGGUGCAGGCGGCGGCGUGCUGUCCAUGGCUCUGACGUACGCUAUCCUCUUUUCCCCCCCCCCCUCUCUCCCUUCCAAAAAGCCUCCUUUCAACGCUCCCUGCCAUACUGACUUCUCCAGCUACCCCCUCAUAACCCUCUCUACGCGCGCACAAGUCGAGUCUCGCCGCGCCUCCUCCGACUUUCUCUCAGCAGUCCGCAGCAUCGUGCAGCGCGAGGGCAUCUCGGGUCUCUACAGCGGCAUGUCCUCCGCCUUGUUCGGCAUCAGCGUGACCAACUUCGUCUACUACUACUGGUACGAGUGGACGCGGGCCUUCUUCGAGGCCGCAAAAGCCCGCGCGGGCAGGUCGUCGCGCAAGCUGACGACCGUGGAGAGCAUGAUCGCGGGCGCGAUUGCGGGGAGCGCAACGGUUAUUCUGACAAAUCCCAUUUGGGUUGUGAAUACGCGGAUGACGACUAGGAAGAGUGUGGGUACAGGGGAGGAGGGGAAGAAGGAGAUUACGGAGAGCAGGGAGAAGAAAGAGGGGGAGGUGAUUCCGGCUCCUGCGACCGCGAAGAAGGAGACUAAGCCGCCUUCGACGAUUGGCACGCUGCUGGCGCUGCUGCGGACCGAGGGCCCCCAGGCGCUGUUUGCGGGUGUUGUGCCUGCCCUGGUGCUCGUCAUCAACCCAAUUCUGCAGUACACCCUGUUCGAGCAGAUGAAGAACGCUGUGGAGAGGCGCAAGAGGAGGGUCACGCCCACUGUGGCGUUUUUCCUGGGUGCGCUGGGCAAGCUGUUUGCGACGACGGUCACGUAUCCGUAUAUUACCGUCAAGAGCCAGAUGCAUGUCAAGAAGGCGGGGGAGAAGAAGGAGGGUGUUACCGAGGCGCUGAGGAGGGUUGUGAGAGAGGAGGGCUAUGCGGGGUUGUAUAAGGGCAUUGGCCCCAAGGUGACGCAGAGCGUCCUUACUGCCGCCUUCCUCUUCGCCUUCAAGGAUGUGCUCUACGAGUACUCUGUCCGCUUGCGCCGGUCCGUGGCCAAGAAGGGCAUUGCUGCUUAA